CGAAUCUCUGAAGCCCCACGUCGUCCGAAAGUCGAACUCGUAGUAUCGGGAGGCUUGCUCUAUUCCCUGGCUGGGGCGAUGAUCAUCUGGUCCCCUUCGAUUGGACUGAAUGCUUCGCCACUGCAUGCUCCGAAGAAGGAGGAAGACCGCUUCGGCUCCCACGACUACAGCAAGUUUCCGUCUGCAUUCACCUCGUCUGUCACCCGCAAAUUGGACUCCCGGCGGACAGCCCACAUCUCCCUCUGUGCCACCGCGAGCCUUGACCAUAUCAACCUAAUCACCGAGGCUAUCAAGGUCGUCCAGAACGCACAGGAAGCGACUCGAACUACGGACGAGGCGGGAAGCCUUAGCAUAAUGAAGGAGGAGGUCACAGAAGCUCUGGAGAAGCUGACUGCACAGAACUUCGACCCUGACAACGUUGCUCUGAUCGCUCAGGAUGUUGACCAUCUCAACGUCAAGGUCCAGGAGCAGAUAGCCUGCAUGGCCGAUAUCAGCAAGGGCCAGCACGAUGUUCAAUCAGCCACGUCUGCCUACAUGACGCAGCAAGAGCUGGAUGAUAUCCUUCAGCAUGUCAAGGUCCUGUUGUUGAAGAUGAAGGAGGAGCACGGCAACAGUCAACGUACCGAGAAUGCCGUCCUUGCGGCAUUCGAGAAUCAGCGCAAGGCUCAUGAUAAGUAGGGGAAGAUGAAAGGGCCACCGGCGCUCUACACGUAUGAAACAGCCCUCCCUCAUCUCACUCGCCGAGCAGAAAGAAAAUCGCGAGUCGGCGGUACCUACAGUGUUCAGUGUAUUCGCGGUAUCUCUAUCCAAUACUCAUUACUAUUCCAUCUUUUUAUCUUCAGAUUUAUGAGUGAAUCUCCAUGCGG